AUGCAGUCCAUAAGCCGUGCGCUGAAGUGCAUAUCCUUCCUCCGUACCAAACCUCUCCAGCUCUCACCACCAGUCUCGGCGACUUCUAUUCAUCAUUGCGAACUCGUGGAUGAAGAAAUCAUCCCUGGGUACAAUCCCAAACACUACUAUCCCGCGAAACCGGGUGAAAUUCUUGCCGAUCAUUAUCAAUUGUUGGUUAAGAUUGGAUGGGGAGCGGGAUCAACUGUAUGGCUCGCACGGGAUGUGGCAAGAUAUCGAUGGCAGACUGAGCGCCUUGUUGCUCUAAAAAUCAUCAAUAAUGACAACCCUAAAGGCGCCUAUCAUGAGCGUGAUAUUGAGAAACACAUUAAACGGCAAACCCCCUUGCACCGCGGUCGUCCUGUGAUCCGCAAUUACAUUGACAAUUUUGAAGUGGCAGGUCCCAUAGGAAAUCAUCUAUGCUUAGCCUACGAACCCGCACGGGAGCCGCUCGGGAUUCUCCAAAAAACGGGUUGA